GACCACGCAACUUCUGAAAGAAGUCACCGUACUUAGAAAAAAGUUACUUGUUCAUUUAGGAAGAUUUCAGAUGCUUCAUACUUGAUUUGCUUUUUUUGCCAACACAAUGAAGGAAACGUCCUGCUUCUGCAUGACUUUUUCUUCCUUGUUGGAACAGAUGGUGAAGGCUUACAAAUACACGACUGGUAUUUUUUCAGUGACUCAUACCUCAGAGCAACAGGCUUCAGAUCGUGAUAAGCAGCCAACCAAGAUGGAUGUAAGCUUGCUUGAGGAGCAAUAUGACCAUAUAAAACAGAAGCAAAAACUGCAAUCACACAUUAUUGUAUUUAAAACAGGUGAACACGAAUCUGCUCUCCCAGAAUCAAUGGUCAAUGCUGUGUUAAUUAAUAAAAAAGUGAGAAGAUCAAAGUCAUUUACAGAAUGUGUUCCUGUCAGAAAAGUAAGACUGGAGGUGACCAGCAGUGGCAACAUACAAGACAACUCACCAUGGCGUACCCACCUGGGAAUCCACCGCCUGGUGCAAGCCCCUUGUCGCGGGGUUCCCUGGGAUCUUUCCCACUGCAAGAACAGACCAUGCAGUUUUGACAAUCAGAGACUGAUUUCAAAGGGGAACAGCACACUGCAACCCAACGAAUUAGAAGGAGCAAGUGAACCAUCCACACUCAGUCAACUGGGAAGUUCAAGCACAUUGGACAGUUUCAGCAAAGAGAGUGGCUGCAACACUGCAAGCGCCUGCCAAAAGCCUCCACUGAAAUCAGCCACUUCAGCAGCCUGGUCAAAUCAACAUAUUUCUUUUACAAAAUGCACACCAGCCUGCAACAAACUAAACUAUUACCCUUUCCCUACAAAAAAGGGCCCAGAAUAUCUGAAGCAGCAAGGAGGCUUGGACUAUACGUCUCACAAUAAAGACAUACAGUAA